AUGACUUCUCGACGAACCCCAGCCCCUGACCAUCCCUUCGAAGAGGAGUCUCUUCCAGGUUACGAGGCAGACCAGUUCUACCCGGUUCACAUUGGGGCGACCCUUAAUUUGCGAUAUCAUGUCAUCGGCAAGCUGGGCUUCGGGGCCAACUCCACCGUGUGGUUUUGCAGAGACACCAAAAAUGACCAGUACGUGGCUUUGAAAGUCUACGUCAAGACGCCCCCCUUGCUGGCUCACCGGGAACGAGUUGCAUACGAGCAUCUGUCGAAGCUCACGUCUGCCCAUCCGGGUCAGCAACACGUCCGGCGACUGCUCGACCACUUCUCCAUAGCACAACGCAACGGCUAUGAGCAUCUCUGCUUUGUAUAUCAGCCUCUGCAGACGACACUGUUCGACCUUCAGCGGUUCGCAGGAGCGCCAAAACCGUUUCCAGAAGGACUUGUCCAGGAAGCGCUAAGAUCCUUGCUACAAGCCUUGGAUUUCCUUCACACCGAGGCAAACAUGGUACAUUGCGACAUCAAGCUGUCCAAUUUGAUGUUAGAGAUCGAAGACCCAAGCGUGCUAUCUGCGUUCGAAGAGAAUGAGCGAACCAAUCCCGCCCCUGAGAAGAUCAUUGACACUGAAAGGUCUAUCUACGCCUCGCGCAAGUUCCGACAUCCAAAAGGGCAUUCGUUUGGUCCGCUCGUGUUAUGCGAUCUUGGGGAAGCUCGAAUCGGGUCGUCGUUCCCCUACACUGACAUACAACCCGAUCUCUACAAAGCGCCUGAGAUACUAUUUCUAUUAGACUGGAACCGGAGCGUUGACAUCUGGAAUGUCGCGUGUGUUGCGGAGCACCUUUUCGAUGGUCGUGACGAGGAAGGCCAUCAUAACAACCGCGUCCACAUUGGUGAAAUGGUCGGUCUGGUGGGACAUCCACCCCUGGACUUCCAACGUCGAAGUGCACAGGCCUGGCGAGUGUUCGAUGCUGAAGGCAAGUGGAAAGGCAAUCCACCCCUUUCGCCCCAAACAUUGGAGCACCGGUUAAAGACCCUUCCGCAGGGGAAAAACGAGGAGUUCUUGGUCUUUCUGCGUUCGAUGCUACGCUGGCGACCGGAAGACAGACCAAGUGCGCGAAGCCUUCUCGAAGAUCGUUGGUUAAGCAGCGGCUAG